GUGUUUACAUGUGUAGCUUUUACAGUAGCAAACAAUAAAGAUCGAGUUAUUCAAGCAUUAGUUUAUUUUUAAAAUAUUUCAGUAGAUUUAAAUGUAAACUAAAUCCAUAAACUCAAAGCAAAGAUGAUUGCUGAGAAAUUUAGUAAUGUUGAAUCUAGAAUAAAUGAUUCAGCAGUUAUUAAAAAAAACAUUGCAAUAAUUAGCACAACGAAAGAUCAGAACCAAAAAAGUUUGAAACCACUGUCAGAACAAAAUAUUGGGAAAAAAUACAAGUUACAUGGAAACAAGCACCUUAACCAAAUCAAUGAUCGUGUUAAACGUAGUGUUGUUUUAGCUUUACAAUGGCUGAACUCGCCACAAAAACCAAAAAAAUAUGCAUAUUGUUCGUUGUUUAUAUUUGGUCCAAAAAAUAAAUUUCGUUUACUUGCCAUAAAGAUCACUGAGGCAAAGUUGUAUGAAUAUUUCAUCCUACUCACCAUCAUAAUUACGUGUAUAAUCAUGGCCUUGGAUGUUCCUAUGCCUAAUCAAAGCAAAUCGAAAAUUAGCAAGUUUUCAGAUAAAGCUGAAUAUUUUUUUCUUGUCAUUUUUGGCUCUGAAGCUCUCCUCAAAAUUAUUGCAAAUGGUUUUGUUUUGCACCAAAAGUCAUAUCUUAGAAGUUUGUGGAAUAUCAUUGACUUUUUUGUCGUUCUAAUAAGUUUCACUGUUUUGUUUCAAAAUCGAAUUAAAAAUUCUAACGUAGAAUAUUCUCUCGAUGUAAGAGCAGUUCGUGCAGUUCGAGUAUUGCGUCCUCUUAAGUUUAUUACAAUAAUUCCAAGUGUACACAUCAUCAUGACAUCUAUUAUGAAAGCAGUUGUACCACUUUUGAAAGUAUUGUAUCUUUUUAGUUUCAUGAUUGCAAUUUAUGCUAUCAUUGGUUUACAGUUUAUGGUCAACAGAUUUAAAUACAGCUGUCAAAACGAUCUGACAAAAAAUUUUACAGACCAGCUUUGUGAUGGUGCUAUUAAUGGUACUACUAAAUACUUUGUUUCUGGUGUGAAAUGUGCAACAAAUGAGUCGUGUGUAAUAAGUAAUCUUGAAAUUAACAAUGGAGUUAAAACAUUUGACAACAUUUUUUUUGCUGUAUUAACAGUGUUUCAAUGUGUGACAACUGAUGCAUGGUCAGAAAUUAUGUACAAAACAUUUUAUACUAUGGAUGAAAAAGGGUAUUUAUGGUCAGCUUAUUAUGUUUCAUUGGUGAUGCUAGGUGCAUUUAUUAUACUAAAUCUGGUUCUAGGUGUUUUAAAUGGGGAGUUUUCGAAAGAAAGAUCUAAAGUUGAUCAAAAAAGUGAGUUUAUAAAGCUACGUGAAAAGAUAAAAUUAGAUCAAUCAUUCGAGUUUUACUUAUACUGGAUUUUAGAAGGAGAAAUCAUUCGAGAGGAUUGUUUAAGAAGAUUGUACAAGAUUCAUGAAGAUAAAACAUCAAGACUCCAUUUUAUUUUAUUAUAUAUAAAAUCCUUGCAAUUGAAAGCAAGAAAAUUAGUAAAGCAUAAAAUUUUCUUCUGGUUUGUUAUUUCAAUUGUUUUUCUUAAUACUAUUUUUAUGACUACCUAUCACUUUGGCCAGCCUCAUUGGCUUAAUGACUUAAAAGUUUAUUUUGAGAGAGUCUUAGGAAGCAUAUUUAUUGUUGAGUUGCUGUUGAAAGUUUUUGCAUUCACAUUAAAAGAAUAUUGCAGUUCAUCAUUUAAUAUUUUUGAAUUUGUUGUUGUUUUUCUAAGUUUUGUAGAGAUUUUCUCAAACUGGUCUAUUGGUUUACCUGCAUUGCGUUGCUUUGUAUUACUUCGUGUUUUUAAAGUUACAAAGUACUGGUCAAGAUUUCAACAUAUUGUUGCAUCAUUUAAAAGCGCUAUGAAAUCAAUACUCAGUCUUUUUUUCCUUCUCCUUCUCUACAUAUUUAUUAAUGCACUUCUGGGAAUGCAUUUAUUCUCUGGAAGAUUUGAGAGUUUACAAAAACCAAAUUUUAAUGGUCUCGCUAACUCUAUUCUUGCAGUAUUUCAGGUAAUUAAUGGAGCAGACUGGAGUAGUGUUAUGUAUAAUGGAAUGAAAGUGUAUAAAGAUGAUAAGAUGUUUUAUUUUGUUAGUGUAUACUUUUUAUUUCUAGUUUUGUUUGGCAACUACAUACUUCUCAACAUUUUUUUGGCCAUAGCUGUAGACAACCUUGCUAAUGCAGAAAUACUUACAGAUGAUGAAAUACAAGAUAAUAUUAUUAGAAUGGAAAAUAAAAGAAAUCUAGUUCAAUUUUAUAAUAAUGGUAUAUCUGCAUCAUGUUCAAAAAAAUCUUUUUCAAAUGUUCGAUUGAAAUCUAUAGAUAUUGAGAAUAAUCUUUAUUACAAAAAUCAAGAAAUCAGUGACAUAGCGGAAAAUUGUAGUGACAAAGUAGUGUAUUAUAAUGAUGUCAUAGCAGAACAGAGAUUGAGAAAGAAAGGAAGUGAAAUUAUAAAUAAGAACUUAAAGAGUGAUUUUAAUCCAAAAAAAAUUAUUCAAGUAAAUAACUUGGAAUUAAAAUUUGACAAGAAUGUUGAAAUGUCAAAAGAUGUAUUACCUAAAAAAACCAAUACAACUUUUAAUGAAAUCAAUAAUGCAGAAAAAAAGUUGUUCAACACUAAAGGUUCUUUGAACUUUACAGAUAAUUUUGAAUCGAACAUUGUUAAACAAGGAUUUUUCAAGACAUUCAAGAAUAGUAUUGUCAAUAAAAAAAAAUCAAUUGAUAAUUUUAUUUUGUUCAGCGACUCUUCUCUUUUUAUUUUCUCUUCUACAAAUAGGUUUCGUGUGCUUUGUCAUUCAAUAGUCCGGUCAAAAUAUUUUGAUUUAGGAAUGAUUGCAAUUAUAUUGGUUCGUUCAUUAGUGCUAGCAAUUGAAGAUCCAAUAAAUCUUGAUUCUUAUCUUAAUAAUAUUAGCAGAAAGUGCGAUCCUAUUUUUACAGCCAUUUUUGGAAUUGAGAUUUUUCUUAAGAUAGUUGAUUCUGGUUUUAUUUUGCAAAAAGGAUCAUUUCUUCGUGAUUCGUGGAACAGACUUGAUGCAUUUGUUUUUUUUAAUAGUUUACUUUCAAUUAUUCUUUCAAAUAUGUUACAAAAAGGCAACAUUGCUUUAAAAGUUGUUCGUGUGUUCAGAGUACUACGACCACUCAAAGUUGUUCAAUAUGUAAAAAAGCUAAAAAUAAUAUUUUUAUGUAUGAUAUAUUCAUUUAAAGUCAUUGGAUUCAUUUUGAUAAUUGCUUUUUUGAUGCUGUUUAUUUUUGCAUGUAUUGGUGUUCAGCUUUUUGAGGGAAAGUUAUAUUAUUGCACUGAUGAAACUAUCAAGAAUAAAGAUAUGUGCAAAGGAGAUUAUUCCAAAUAUGAUACUGAUUCAAAUAAAGAUAUAGAGAUGUUUCCAAAGGUAGAAUCUAGAAGUUGGGAAAAUUCAAAAUUUCAUUUUGACAAUGUCUUGGAUGCUUUGGUAACUCUUUUUGUGUGUUCUACAGAAGAUAACUGGCCGACAAUGAUGUAUAAGACAAUGGGUAUACCUAAAGAAAAUACAGGGCAUUUCUUAAUGAACUAUUCCUUUGCAGGAAUUUAUUUUAUUGUUUUUAUGGUGAUAUUUACUUUCUUGAUAAUCAACAUAUUUGUUGCAUUAAUUAUUCUGACGUUUCAAAAACAAGGUGAAAUAGAGAUCCAAGGUGGUCUUGACCAAAAUCAACAUGCUUGUUUGGAAUACGUCUUAAACAGUAAACCUUGCAAAUCUUUUAUGCCAUUAAAUGAAUCAAGUAUAUCUUUUCGGAUGUUGCAUUUUAAUAAAUCUCAUCAUUUUGAUAACUUUAUGUUGGCAAUAACUUUAAUUAACAUGUUACUGCUUAUGUUAAGGUAUAAAGGAAUGUCUCACAACUAUAGAGAUUUGUUGGUUAAAAUUAAUGGAGGAUUUACUAGUCUGUAUUUAAUUGAAGCUCUUCUAAAGAUAAUAGCAUAUAGAGUGAACUACUUUAAAGAUUUUUGGAAUUUGUUCGACAUUGCUGUGAUUUUAGGUGGAUUCCUCGAUAUUGUUUUUACUUUUUUCUUUAAGAUUGCAUGGUUAGAUCCUACGAUGUUUCGGUUGUUCAGGGUUGCACGUCUACUAAAGCUUUUGAAAAGACAAACAAGCGUUGAAGUUAUUUUGUGGACACUUUUAAAAUCUCUCAAAAAAUUAGCUUAUGUUAUUGUAUUGAUUCUUAUUACCACUUAUGUAUAUGCUAUUAUGGGAAUACAGUUGUUUGGCAACAUCAAGUUAGAGAAGACCAAUCAGCUAAAUGAGAUGAAUAACUUUUGUGACAUUUUUAAAACAAUAUUACUUCUUUUUCGGUGUUCUUCUGGUGAUAAUUGGAGUGAAAUAAUGAGUGAAUGUUAUGAUAAUGCCAAAUGCGAUGAAAGAUAUUUAAUACAUUCAAAUGUUCCAUGCGGUAAUACUAUGCUGGCUCGAAUUUAUUUUAUUUCAUAUAUGUUUCUCUCAAGGUUUUUUCUUCUCAAUUUGUUUGUUGCAGUAAUCAUGGAUAACUUUGAAUAUUUAACUCGUGAUAACUCUAUAAUGUGUUUACAAGAUUUAAAAGAUUUUGUUAGCUGUUGGUCACAAUUUGAUCCUCAGGCAACAGGAUACAUCCCAAAUGACAAACUGUAUGAAUUAAUGUGCUUAACAUCUCCUCCUAUUGGAUUUGGUGCCAAAUUUCCUAAAGCUGUUUGUUUAAAGCGUAUGAUGCAGAUGAACAUUCCACUAAAUGCUGAUGGUAAUGUAUCUUUCCAUAAUGUUUUAAUGACUCUAGUUCGAUUUGGUUUGAAGAUUCAUUUGAAUAAAACUGAUGUAGAGUUUAAGAAUAUUAUCAACUCUUUAUGGCCAGCUAUUGCUUUAAAGUCUUUAGAUAAAUUUUUUCCUGAUUUAACAGAUAAAAACCAGUUAACUAUUGGAAAGGUAUUUUCCAUAAAACUUAUUUUCAUGACUUUUCAAAAGAAAAAACAUAAACUGUUCAGAGAAGAUGAAGAAGAUAUUUCGAUUUAAUCUUCGAAAGAAGUUUUAUCUGUGUCCGCAAUAUGUUUCUUUUUUCAAUUAUUAACUAAUUGUCUUCUUCAGUCAAACUAUUUACCUACUGAGCAUAAUUUUAAAUAUUAUUUCAUAUAGAACUAUUAUUUUGUA